UGUGAAAGACUGUCGGGAGUCGAAGAUGAUUAAAUAUGGCUAAUUUUGGAUUAAUAGCAAUAAGUGCCACUGUAGUGUCAUUUCUUAUCUUUUUUUUACUGUUAAUGUUUAUUGUCAUUGGAUAUAUGCGUAGGGACAAGCAUAUUCAAAGAGAAAUUCAAGAAAAUAUUGAUGUUAAUUUGGCUGAUCGAAGAGGUCAAGAAAUCAUAAAUCGAUCACAAGUUCCAACAGUGUCGACACCACAAUUAGAACGUACGAUAUCAAUUCCAAUGGCUUACGAUGACAUUUACACUCACAGUUCAUCAGUUACUACCAUAGGAGAACUGAGAAGCGCCACUACAGAAGAAAUGCCGCCAAGAUACGAAGAAAUAGAUAUCAAUGUUAAAGAAACACAAAAUAUAGAUAAAUAAAUUUUAAUGAAAUAUUUCAAAGAACUUUAUGGCUUGA